UCGCAGACCGCUGACACGCAGCAGCCAGCAUUCGAGUACCUUGCGAUGAGGAUCCUGGUAGCGUUGCUGUUGUGCGUGGCGGUGGCCGUGUGCGAAGAGCAGCCGGAGGCCGUCGAGGCGGAGCCGGUGGAGGAGGCGGCGCAGGCCGUGGAGGAGCCCCAGGCGGAGGAGUCCGAGAAGCACCACGAGAAGCGCGGCCUGCUGGGCUUCGGCUACGGCGGACUGGGCGGCUUCGGCUACAGCGGGGGCAUCGGCUACGGGGGCGGCUACGGGGGCGGCCUCGGCUACGGGGGCGGCCUGGGCUACGGGGGCGGCCUCGGCUACGGCGGCGGCCUAUCCCUGGGCUCCGGCGGCUACGACAUCGGCAAGACCGUCGAGAUCACCCGCGAGGUCAAGGUGCCGGUCCCCGUAGAGAAGGUGGUGCCCGUGCCGUACAAGGUGGAGAAGCACGUGCCGUACCCCGUGGAGCGGCCGGUCCCCUACCCCGUGGUCAAGCACGUCCCCUACCCCGUGGUGAAGCACGUACCUUAUCCAGUUAAGGUCAAGGUGCCCAUCCCCGUGCCCAUCCCGAAGCCCUACCCCAUCAUCAUCAAGAAGAAGGUGCCCAUCCACAUCCAUCACUACAGUCAUUACAGCCACGGCUGGCACUAGACGCCUCGAGGUCCCGAUCUGGAUCGACAGUUCUGAGAGACUGAUUUUUUUUCUACAUCCGUCGCUAUUUCAUCCCUUCGUACUCCUUCCAAUGGCCGUGACCACGAAGGUGGUUGCUGAUGCUGAAGCGAGAAGAUGGCUGGGACUCAUUCAUAUCACAUCAGUGGUCCUCAGCAGAGACCCAGUCACUCACAAUCCGUAUCCUGCAAGUAUGUAACCAGUUAGGUACAUAGUGUAGGAAGUCGUGCCAGACGAAACCAACAGCUUCUCAACGGCAGAGGAAAUUCGUCGUCUUCUAGGACAGCGACGGUGACCAGUUGCCCCUCCAGCCCCACGCCUCAAGUCCCUCGCUCUCGAGUUCAGCGGGUAGCCGCCCCCACCGCGUACCUGAACGACCGGCCGUACCGCCUCUUCUGCCGCGGGCUGCCAGCGCUCGGCAAGCCUCGCCGCACAACGCGCCGCCAGACGGAGCCAGCUGACAGAGCCGUCCACAGGAGUCGGUCAGCUGUCAGCACCGUGGACGACGUCAUUCUCAGUUUAUCGUGCACUUUUCUCUGUUAUUUGUUGUGUUUUCAUUUCAGUUAUAUGUACAGAUCUCCCAUUUUGUAUUAGUCGUAUACAUGUUAUUAAACAUGUUUUUUGUACAGUA